AUGGGUCUCAUUAUAUCGCGAUUCUGGAUCAAAAAAACUAAAGUCGAAGUACUGGAAACGUUGGAUUGUAAGAUUAAGAAGUUGGAACAGGAUAGUCGUAACAAAGAGCUGACUCACCAGCGACUUGUAGGGCAGAUGAUGGCCAGUUCCAUAGGAUUAUACGUCAUUAUAGCCAUUGUAUAUUAUUACAAGUACGUCGGAAGCAGUGAACAUUGGCUUGACGCGUUGUUAUACGCAUCCCCUCUACUUUUACUGCCUAUGUUAGUUAUAUUUCUUCGAGCCUCCGUAUCCAGAUAUUUUGAUUGGACAAUUACGAAGAACAGAUCAAAAUUAAUAAGACUUAGAGAAGAGAAGAAGAAGAUUCUAGAAUCUGUUGCAAAAGAGAUCCUUGACAAGUACGGAACUCCAGAGGAACAAUCUAAGAGCCUGGUUGCCCAGAAAACGCUGAGCAUUCCCAAUAAGCCAUCAAACUCGACUCCAGCAACACCGGUUCAAUUGCGUCAAAGACAAUUGGUGUUACCAACCCCGAGGUCAUUGAACCCAAGUAAUAUGGAGAUGGAAAAUACUGGAGUACAGAGUCCAUUAUUGCGAUCCGAUCAACUUCCACGCCCUAUACCGCCGAGGAAUCCAACUUUGUUCGACAAAGUUGUAGAUUACCUGUUGAAGGACGGCCCCGAACAUAGGAUGGCACUUAUAUGUUCUAGAUGCUCAUCACAUAACGGUAUGGCACUGAUAGAAGAAUUCGAUUUCUUCUCAUACAAGUGCGCGUACUGCGGUAAUAUGAAUUUAGCGAGGAAGCAGCGGCCGACCGCGCCGCCUCUUAUGCCAAGACCUACAAGCGUGCCAGCCAUUCCUCCUACGAGAACCGUUAUACCAUUCAAAAUGGACACCGAUAAUAAUACAUGCAGUAGUGACGAAUCAUCAGACGCUGAAACCGUAAGAAGCGGCGAAGAUGAGGAUAAUAGACAGGCUAACGAAUGUGCGAUAUCAUCGUCUCUGUUGAGUUCGUCGGAGCGCCCUCACUGUUGCUCCAACGGUAACUUCCGUCCCAUACAGUGUCGUAGAGGCAGCUGUCACUGCGUGGACUCUGACGGCCGGCAGGAAGGAAUGCAGACAGCUGACAUCAACAGUCUGCCUUGUUACACGGGUAACUGGAGAAACUGUUGA